CCCACGUGGCAUUCUCUCAUUGGUGUUUUAAACUGCUCCGCGGUACACUGGAACACCUUAAACUUUAAACCUCUCGGCCCCGCUAACGGCUAUAUUCCCCCUCCCCCUCUCUCCCUCUCACCAAAAACCCCUCUCUCUCUCUCUCUCUCUCUCUCUCUCUCUCUCUCUCUCUCUCUCCUCGUUCCCGAUUCUUCGAUUAGGGCAUGGAUUCUUCCUCAAUUUCCAGUUCGAGGCCUCGGUUUCAAUCGCGUCGCGGAGUUCGUGUGGUGGGAAAGAUCCGGCCUUUGCACGAUUCGGAGGUCGGAGAUCUCUCCCGUGGCGAUCCUUCUUGCUCCCCCAAUCGGCCUCAGGUCUCCGUCGCGAGAUGUGAGGGGGAACACGCCGUGAUCUCCUUUAAAGAUCAGCCCAGCGGUCGGAAAGAUUCUUACAAGCUAGAUUGGUGCUAUGAGCCAGAAGAGGGUGUCGGCGAGAUUUUCUCAAGAGAGGUUAAGCCUCUGAUACAGGGGUUGUUUCAAGGAUCAAAUUCUUGUGUUAUUGCUUAUGGUGCUCGCGGAAGUGGGAAGACGCAAAUCCUUCAGGGCUCUGAAGAGAAUCCUGGCUUAGCUCCAAUUACGUUAUAUGAGAUCCUAGCGAUGGCCAAGGAAAUUGAAGGGUUGGUAACUAUAUCAUGCUACGAAGUGUUUCAAGAUCAUAUCUAUGAUAUAUUGGAACCCAAAGAGCAAGAAGUGCUUGUUCUUGAAGAUGCCGGAAGGAGAAUUCAGCUUAAGGGACUUUCUCAAGUUCCUGUGAAAUCCAUGUCUGAGUUCAAUAGUUUGUACUUUCAUGGAUGUAACCAAUGGAAGCAAUCACAAAAGAUUGGGAGUGAAGAUGCAAUUAGGUCCCAUCGAGGGUUAAUUAUAUACGUCUCUCGUGUUGUCAAAGAAUCGAACCAUUCCCUCGUCGGAAAGAUAAACUUGGUUGAUUUGGCAGAUUAUGAUGACACCAAAUCAAGAGACAAUGGUUCACUCAAUCUAUCUGUAGGGGCUAAAGUCAACAAGUCACUCUACGCCCUAAUGAAUGUAGUCUUCGCACUUAAUAGCAGUGAGACUUAUGUUGCCUACCGACAAAGCAAACUGACCCGUUUGUUGCAAGAUUUCAUGUGCAAAUCAAGUGGGGCGGUACUGGUAACUUGCUUGAACCCAACAGCCUGCCAAGAUACUAUUCAUGCACUUAGUUUGGCUUCUCGGUCAUGCCAAGCAGCCAAUGUUAAUUGCACUAGCUCAGCCAAGAAUAGCAAUACUAUUCCAAGGUUUAUUCCACCGUCUUCUCCUUUUAAAGGUGCAAUCCGUACUUUAGAUGGUUCAGUGCUAAAGGAUGAACCAUCUAAAUCUGCUAAGAAUGAAAAAAGAGGAAAUGGAACUCCAUUUGUGCCCAAGACAUUGUUGCAUAAACAAUCUAGUUCUACCAAAAGACCUGGAUUUUCCUUUAAGAAUUUACCUGAGGAGAAAUCAAAUGAUACCAUCUCUAUCUUAAGUGGGAGGAAGUUAUUCAGUGCCAAUGUGAACUCCAUAGAGGAUAGUACUUCAUCUAGCGCUGCUACAGCUGUAGAUACAACUACAAAUGAGGACAUUAACUUACGGCAGUGCAAACAAAUCGAGACAUCUAUAACGGAUGAGAAUAUGCAGGAAACUCUGGCAAGCAUUGCUGAUGAUGUGGUGUCUCCUGCAUUGGCAGAAGUGAAUGUUUGUGUUUCAGAUGAAUAUACAGAUCUUCAGGAUACACAAACUGAUGCAAAGCCAGCUAUUAGUGAACAUGAUAAUUCUGUUGAGGUGAAGACUCCAAUGCGUGCCCAUCAGACUUCUCCGAAACUAAGUGAAAAGCUGAGAGAGAUAUCUAACUCAUUGAAGCUGCUAAGUACCCAGCCUAUUAACAUUGGAACACCAAAAGCCGAUGUUUCUUGUAUUAGAAAAGAAAUUAUGGAUUCCAUUGACCCAAAAACUCCCGGAGAACCUUUAAAUUGGAGACUAGAUAACCGCCCAACAUUUGAUCCUGCCGAUACACCACAGGACAUACUCAGAACCCGUAGUACAGGGCUGAAGAAAUCGUUGGUUCAAGAAUGUUUAGCUUUUCUCAAUUCUGCUAACAAGGAGGAACUUAAGGGGCUAAAGGGAAUUGGAGAAAAGAGAGCUACAUACAUACUUAACCUCCGUGAGAAAAGCCCAGAACCCUUCAAAAAUUUAGAUGAUGUUAAAGAUCUAGGUUUGUCUUCAAAGCAGAUCAAUAAAAUGAUGUCGAAAAUUUUAGAGGAAUUCUAGUGUUACAAUUCUACUGUACCGGAACCUUCAAACUAGGAAGGAGAAUGAGUCAUGUAAAUUUGCCAAUAGAGUAAAAGUAUUGUUUACCGUAUCGGAACUGACGAACGACGUGUUGAAUAGUGUGUAUCGAGUGAUGUUGUUCUUUGUGUUGUUAUUUGUGCAAUGUAACUUAUCUGUGAUCAUUUACUUCAGUAAUGUAUGUUUGCUAAAUAUGAUUGUUC